UCGGGGUGCCACGUGUCUACCUACUUUACGUUAAGAGCUUCUUGAAUGAUGCAGUUGGAUCAUCUUGAGACUCAGUCCUUACUCAGUCCUUCAGACGCGGUGUCUUCGAGGCUGUACGUGCACUUCAUCGUCCAGUCUGUCCAUGCCCUGAAAGGUGAUGCGGCCCCACUAGCUCCAGGCGUCUGCCGGGGGCUCAGCAGCCUCAGCUCACUAAUCCAGCGCCUAUUCAGCUCCUGGUCAGGCCUGUACAAGUAGGCCGUCAGGCCGUCACAUUGCGACCCAAUCGCGUCGCGUCGCGCAUCAGGCCUCAGGCGCAUCAACCCUCGCCUCACUCACACCUCAGUCCUCAUCUUGACCUUGCCCUCCAGUCUCACCCGCCCAGCUGCACGAUUCGCAUCUGCAGACAGACAGCGCCCAGCUCGAGCGCUGCCACCUCCAUGCCCGACCUUGGCUUCAACCGGUCGUCGCCGCGCCGCGACCCCAGCACGAGCUCCAAGCGCAACAGCAUCACCGACCGCGUGCGCAACUCGUUCCUCAAGGCGCGCCAGGACACGCAGGCGUCGAUCCAGCGACGCACCUCGACGGCGCCCGGCAAGCCCACGCAGUCGCCCAUCUCCCGCAUCCGCGACUGGCUGGACACGUGCAACCGCGAGCACGACCACCACUGCAGCCCGCCCAGCUCGUCCAAGACUGACGACGAGGUCGACACUUUUCGCCCCACCUGGCUCAUUGACUCGACGGACCGCUGUCUUGUCCGCAGCAAGCCCGGCGAUCGCUAUGUGGCGCUGAGCUACGUCUGGGGCGGCGGCGCGCGCACCGAGACAGGCGACAUCCGCCUCGCCAAGGCCAACAUCGACGUGUACGAGGACGCCCUGCCCGAGGCCGACCUGCCGCAGACCAUCCUCGACGCCAUGUGGACGGCGCGCAAGCUGGGACUACGGUAUCUCUGGGUAGACCAGCUGUGCAUCACGCAGGACGACAAGGACGAGAUGGAGAGUCACACGCAGCACAUGGCCUACGUAUUCGCCAACGCCUACCUGACGCUCGUGGCCGCGCAUGGCGAUGUGCACACUGGUCUUAUCCCGCUGAAUCCGCGCAGGCAGGGGCCGCGAGGACUGGGGUCUGGGACGGAGAACCACGCCGAUCUGGUGCGGCAGUCCAAAUGGAGCACGCGAGGGUGGACACUGGAGGAGUCAUACUAUUCUCGGCGCAAGGUCUUCUUCUUUGAGGAUGCUAUUACCUGGGAGUGUCAUUGCGAGUUAUGGCAAGACAGUCCGACGGCGGCUGUGCGGGGACGCAGGGCUGCGUGCGCGCAUCCCCUGUCCGAGGCGGCCUUUGCGUGGCGGCACGCGCCGUGGCCGGACCUGGACGAGUACGCACGCAUCGCGGCGGACUACAGUGCACGUCGCGUGACUAGGGUGGACGACACACUCAAGGCGUUUGCCGGCAUCACACAUGUGCUGUCGAGGGUGUUUCCGGGGGGGUUCUUGUACGGCAUGCCGCUCAUGUUCCUGGACAUUGCGCUUCUGUGGCGACCGCAGGCGUCGAUGCGGCGGCGCGCGGUCAUCCAGCCGCCAUUCUUACCGUCGUGGUCGUGGAUGGGGUGGUGGUUCGACGGGGUGCCGGUCGACCUCGUGCUGUGGCGCGCGGCGGCGGAUUACGUGGUGGACAAGACAAGUGACGGCAGCACAUCGCAGCGGCUGCAGUCGCCGCACGCCUUCAAGAUCAAGCCAACGGUGACGUGGGCGCUCACGGACCGGACGGCCAGCGCGCCCGUGACGAACAAUGGGCUGCACUUUCGCGACUUGCGCUCGCGGCGCAGCUCGGUGUCGUCGUACCCGCCUGGCUGGACGCGCGUGGGGCCACACUUUCAGCACGACAGCGACGACCUCACGCUCUUCAGGUACCCGAUCCCCGUGGAGGAGCCGCCCGAGGACGGGGUGGCCUACCCAGCGCCGGCGGGGGAGCUGGCGUUCCCCGGUCCGUACCUGUCGUUCCGGACGACGAGCGCGCUGUUCGAGGUGGACUAUGACGCGACGCUGUCGACGCGCGAGGCGGCCAUGAACCCGCCGGUGGCGGUGGGCAACCUGUGGUCGCGGACGACGCAGCGGUGGGCGGGCAGCUUCCGGGCGCACGACGGGUGGCUGGGAAUCCAAUCGUCCAACUACGAGGGGGACGAGGUGCUCGAGUUUGUGGCGAUUUCGACGGCGACGGAGCGGCGGGGCUCGCACGUCUUCAGCGCGGCGCAGUUUGCGGCCAACAAGGACGCCGACGACUUUGUGGACAUUGUCAACGUGCUCUGGAUCGAGCGCAUCGGCGGCGUCGCCUACCGUCGGGGGCUGGGGCACGUCCUGCGCAAGGCGUGGGAGGGCGCCGAGCCCGAGGAGGUGGACGUCCUGUUGGGGUGAUUUGUUUGGUCUUAUGAGCGAUGUUCACGAUUUCGAUUCUACAAAGCAUGGCUUCACGGCACACUAUUCUGGCACUUUAUUCUGUUACGCACUAAUUUACUACCGACCAAGGCCUCCAUGCAUGAAUCAGGCUACCAGCAUGAAUGAGCCUUUGCUCCGCGCUGUGCCAAGCAGGGAUCGUCGCCGAGA